GUUGAUAACGCAGAAUUGACCGGUGUCCCGGUCUGGAAUUCUGUUCCUUGCCGAUUCAGUUACAACAAAAAUGGCAACGCCAACCUAAUUUUCCAACGAAAACUUCCAAAACCUCAUUUCACGACGUCGUUUUGCUCUCUCCUUCUCCUCCUCUAUAUAAAUUUCACCUUCUUCGAGUUUCUCCCUCAGUCUCGUGCAGUUUGAAACAACACAGGAGAGGGAGAAAGAGAAACCCCGAUCUUCCUCUUUCCAUCUCUGCUUUCGGUCCUUUCUAGAUUCGUUGCAUUUCAUCACUCCUAUUCCAAUCCAAAUCCUUAAAAGCGAAAUCAAGUUAACGUGUUUGAUUGAGAUGAAACUUGACGGGGCUCCCUAGCAACAGGGAAAGAGAAAAUGCCGAGGCUCAUGUUCAUGAGAAAGUGCUUCUGUUUCUGACAGUGGCUUCAAUGAUUACUGCUGUUGCAUCGUAAAUUUGUUCAUCUAUCAUGAUGUGGAGUUUUGCAUCUAAUGCCCUUACAAGCCUUAGAACGAAAAGAUGCUCCAAACAGUUAAGUGAAACUAAUGCAGAAUGCUCGGAUGAUGAGGUCUGCUCUAAUUCCAGCAGAGACGAAGGGCUGGAAUGUCCAAUAUGCUGGGAAUCGUUCAACAUAGUUGAGAAUGUGCCCUAUGUCUUAUGGUGUGGCCACACCCUCUGUAAAAAUUGUGUCUUAGGACUGCAAUGGGCUGUGGUGAAUUUUCCUACUCAGCAAAUCAGGAUCCCGUUCUUCAUUUCUUGUCCAUGGUGCCAUUUGUUAUCAUUCCGGAUCAUUUACAAUGGAAAUCUUAAAUAUCCUUGCAAGAACUUCUUCCUUCUUUGGAUGGUUGAGAGUCUGAAUGGGGAUCGGCAUAAGCUUGUUUCCUCAUGUGGGGACACUCAACCAAUUUGGUCUCCCAAGUGCAACCUUCUGGGAAGUCAAGUUAAUUCUUGUAACCAAAGAAGGGCCUCAAUGAGUCCAUAUUCUAGACAGGUGGGAUCUGACCGUGAUGUUGGUGCUAGUGGAGAGACACACUACUUUUCUCUUCACAAAUCUCUGGAUUUCUUUCUUCGUUUUACAUCCAAGUUCCCAUUGAUCGUUAUUUUUCUGCUGAUUGCCCUUUUUGCGGUUCCUGGCAGUGUUGUUAUUUUAAUCCUUUACUUACUACUCACUAUUCUUUUUGCCAUACCAUCAUUCCUCGUAUUGUACUUUGCAUACCCUACGAUCCAGAGGCUGAUAAGAGAAAUUACAUCUUAAGAUGUAUCCUUCAGCAGACUGUUACAUCUUGUGAAUCCGACUUCAGCAAAUUCACAAUAUAUUUUUGGGUUGAUUGUUGUUCUCUGGUAAUUUCUUUCCCUGUUAGUUUUAGGUUGUCAUAAUGGUUCCACAUCUUUUGUAAUUUUUAUGCAAUCUUCAUGUCAACUAUAUGUUGAAAAUCUGGAGAGGAAUUUUAUUUUUUGGCAGUUGUA